CUCCCGCCCUCCUUCCUUCGCCGAGCCUCCCUGCUCGGGUCGCCGCGGCUCUGACUCACGGUUCCCGGCAGACGCUCUCGGCUGGGCAGCGGGCAGACAUGGCGGCGCCCUGCGAGGAGUUAGCGGCUUCCGGCUCUGUGCAAACGCCCGGCUGGCCGUGAAGAGGACUGUCUGCAAGGGGCCUCCGCGACUUAACAUUAUUGUCGCUAGUAUUAGGGCCACCGCGCUUCCCCCCACUCCUGCAGCCGGUCUGAUCUCCGCGUCUCCUUCUCAGCUGAGAAUGUCCCGGGACCAAGACAAGCCAGGUGGCAGUGGAAGAAACUCAAGUGAGUCUGAAGAUGACCAGCAGGACGCCUUAGACAAUCCAGAACAGUCAGUCAGAAAGAAGAUUCGACAAAAUACACCAAGUCCAAGCAAAGGCAACAUGCCUCAAGCUAGCCCCCCUCAGUUUGUAUCGGUGGAAGAGCUGAUGGAAACAGCAAAAGGUGUAACUAACAUGGUAUUAGCCCAUGAGAUUGUUGUCAAUGGAGGUUUCCAGAUUAAACCGGCAGAAUUACCAGAAAACAGCCUGGAAAAAAAAGUCAGAGAUAUUGUCCACAAAGCUUUUUGGGAUUGUCUGGAAGCCCAGUUAAAAGAAGACCCACCAUCAUAUGAUCAUGCAAUUAAACUUGUGGGAGAGAUCAAAGAGGCUCUUCUGUCUUUCUUGCUGCCUGGUCACACUAGAUUAAGAAAUCAGAUUACUGAGGCUCUAGAUCUGGAGCUGAUAAAACAGGAGGCAGAAAAUGGUGCCCUUGACAUUACUAAGCUGGCAGAAUUCAUUAUUGGAAUGAUGGGGACUCUCUGUGCUCCAGCUAGAGAUGAAGAGAUUAAGAAGCUGAAAGAGAUUCAUGAAAUAGUCCCCCUUUUCAGAGCCAUUUUCUCUGUGUUGGACUUGAUGAAAAUGGACAUGGCUAACUUUGCUGUCAGCAGCAUUAGACCACAUUUAAUGCAGCAAUCGGUUGAAUAUGAAAGGAAGAAGUUUCAGGAACUGUAUGAGAAGCAGCCAAAUUCCCUGGACUUUGUCACUGAGUGGCUGCGAGGAGCUGUGGAUGACCUGAGGUACAAACUUCCACCUGCUGUUGGUGAUGCUGCGGCAUCUUCCAGUAGAACUCCCACACUGUGUCAUCUUGCUGUACAGAACCAUGCAUACCUUAAGCUGCUCAAGUGGGAUCAUCUGCAGAAACCAUUUCCAGAGACUGUGCUGAUGGACCAAACGCGUUUUCAGGAAAUGCAGUUGGAACUGGACCAGCUCAUCUUAACAGGCGCUGUUCUUCUGGUAACAUUCAAUGCAGCGGGCACAGCCCUUUCAGGCUUGCCAGGCUUUACCGACAAGCUCAAAACGGGUAUCCGUGUGCUGCUGACUGGGCUACACCCCUCCUCCUCCAACUUGACCGAAGCUUUGGCUACCAUCAGUGAAAAGGUCUGUGCUGAAGUGAGUGGUUGUCUUUCCCAACAUGGAUUCACACCGUUCACACUUGAAAAAGAGACUGUGCUUAAAGGACAGAUCCAGGCUCUGGCCAAUCCUGAUAAUUCCAUAUGCAAAUUGAUAGAGUCCAGAAUCCAGAUGUUUUUAGAAAGCUACCUUGCAUCUGGUUAUCAGAAAUCCAUUCCUGCAAUUCCUGGUGGAUUAGGCGCUAUUCAGCGAGAGCUAGAGGAAAUUGCUGUCAAGUACAUUCGCCUUGUUAACUACAACAAGAUGGUCUUUAGUCCUUACUAUGACGCAGUGCUCAGCAGCAUACUGAAUAAAGAAGAAACAGCUCACUUACAAGGAACACUGGAAGAUGAUUAACCCCCCAGGGUUUUGUUCUUGACAGUAAGGCUUUAAUCCAGAGUAGUGCAAUGAAAGGCUGCAUACCCCUCCUGUUAACACUGAUAAGAACAUAAGAGACGCCAAUGUUGGAUCAGGCCAAAGGCCCAUCCACUCCAACA